UCAAAAUGCCACCUGGGGAUUCAAAGGAACGGAAGAGCUCAAGGAUGGGCCGUGCACGCUUCAGUGCUUUAAGUCAGCACGUGAGGAAAAGUGUCUUUCUUUGGGGAGCGCAAUGCCACUUUAGCACAGACUUCGGUGCAGUCACUAUCACUUCCAAAUCCAUAGCAAAAAGCAGCGAGUGGUCCCACACAUACGAUUCCUUUUGGAGUGCCUGCACAUCCAGCUGAAAAUACAGGUGGCUGACAAAAAAACAAACAAACCAAAAAAAAAGUGUCAAAACAGGAACAGGAGAAAAGAGUUGAUUGCCAGAUGGACAGACAAUAGCAGAAACCCCAACCGAGAUAAUUGAAACAGAAGGGUGUCUGCAAAAAAUCAGUUAAAGGAAAACCAUCUAGACACUUGUGGAGAUUAAGCAUGGAGCACAGCUAUUUGCUUAAAACAUUUUGGGCAAAUGACAACAGAUUUCUCCAUCAUCAUGUCGCAGAUCUGUUAACAAGUGUACACGUUACACAGGAUCUCCCCAAGGGGGUUACGUUUGGACCCUGCAUUCUCCAAAACACUUUUUAUGACACCAUAGCAUUCAUUGCUCUGAAGUGUUCCGACAAAAUAAGCAAGUCCUAUGUUUUCAGGGUGGACGCUGAAGCAAUAAAAAGUUCUCCAAAUGUUCUGUCUUGGCUAAGACUGGUGCAAGCUGCAACCAACAACAAAGAACAAAAUCUAGAAGCGUUCUUGAAAAGCGGCCAGUUAUAUUUUCGGUCUAUACGGAGUAUAAGCAAAGAUGAAGAACUGCUGGUGUGGUAUGAUGAGGAACUUUCUCAUCUCUUGGGAUUCAAUGACAUAAAAGGCCAGACACCUGCAGAAGGUUUUAGGUGCAUGAUAUGUGACCAGCCAUUCAAGAAUGAAUAUCCAUAUUUGGCACACACUCGCUUCCUCUGUGUUCAAGGAAAUCAUUUUUUUCACAGCAGGGAAUUACAGGUCCGUAAAGCAAUGGAAAUAAAGCGCAAAAAACAAGACAUCACCGAUUUCCAUAAUAUUGCCCGGGAUCUGGAACAGAACAAAUCCAAUACAAAUGAGGACACUUCCAAUUUCAAUGAUAAGAAAAGGAAACCUGAUGAUCUGGACAGAACAAAACCAUACAAAAAGAGUGUUUUACUGGAGAAAAGAAACAUUUCUAAUCACCAUAACAUUGCUUUCAUGAACAGGGGCAGUCAAGAUGUCCCAGAAUUGUCAGCUUCAGUUUUGAAACUCAGUGCUGACAAAUGUCUGUUUAAGAAAGGUGUUUCAGAAGACAAGCAGAGUGCUUUUACUGAGGUUAGGAGGGUAAAGGAAAAAAUGAAACAUGAAAAGACACACGAGCCAGUUGAGGAGAGAGGUCCUAAUCAAAGUGGACAGGGUCAUUUACUAACAGGCUCGGUUUUACAUUCAAGUGGAAGUGCCUUUUCCUUUGUUUUGCCUAAGGGUGCCAGAGAAGAAAGUGCUUUCUGCAAACCAAAUAAUAGACUGGUAAAUGACUCUUCCAUGCACCCACCCCACACCUUAAACAGUUCCACAUGCCUUGGGGAAUUGUCCGAUUCCAUUACUCGGGAUAAUAUUUUGGGUUAUGGCAGUCUCUUGGGAACCAAAGUAUUAACAAGGGAUUUGGCGAACUCACAGUCGUUGCAGUCAACAAGAAACCACUCCUUUACGUGUCCUUCAGAACGCUGGACCCAGCAGCUGCAAACCACUUCUUCCUUUACACUGCUUCCAUCUUCCUUUACUACUUUUGGGGUUGCAGCACAGAACUGGUGUGCUAAAUGCAAUCUGUCUUUUCGGAUGACGUCUGAUUUGGUUUUUCACAUGAGGUCCCAUCACAAAAAGGAAUUUGUGGCUGAAGCACAGAUCAAGAGGAGGAGAGAAGGAAAACUCACAUGUCCGAUCUGUCAGGAGCUUUUCAGGGAACGUCACCACUUGUCAAGACACAUGACGUCUCACAAUUAAUUUAACAUGACUGGAUUUCUGAAAGCAAACCUAACUGAUAACAUAUUUCAGAAACACUGUUGCGAACUUGCUUAAAAUUAAUAAUUAAUCUUUAAUACAUUUUGGAUGUGGUUACACCAGUAGGAUUUAUGGACACAGGAAACACACAACUGCUCAUUACUGCAUUCUAACUGGUCGUAAAAUAACUGCUUCAGGAAUUUCAGUGGCUUGGAACACAGUAGGACACAUUAUAAAGGCACUGAAAAGCAAACAAAGUAUAGAUUUCUUAAAUGGUUUAAUCUACCCAUGUUCAAUGAUCCUAGAGAUCCUCCUAGCUUUUAUAAAAUUACAUUUUUAUAAAUUAUGUUCACUUCAAAUCAUUUAUCGUCUG